CAAUCAGAGAAGCAAAUAGAAGGCUUCGGUCGAGGCACACAGGCAGGCACUCCUCUCCAGAAGGCUGAGUGAGAGCAAUGCUCAGUCAACUGACAGUCACAGCGCAGCUAGACAGCCAGGAAGACAGGGCAUUCUCUCACAGCACUAACAGACACUAGCACCACCAGCGGGGCCUCUGGAGCCCACUCCCCCCCCCCCCCUCCCGGAGAUGACUGCUCCUGGACACAGACUGAUCCUCAGCCUCUCUAGCCAGCUGUAAGGAGCAGCGAAUGGACAGAACCACUGGCAUAACCUCCUGCUAUCCUCUCCACACCCCCACCACGCGCUGCUCCAUACCCCCAGAAAAGGAUUCAUGCUGUGUUGACAUAGGCUACAGGUGGUUGGUCGUGUUUGAGCGGCUGUUGGUUGUUUUCUCUGUGUGGUGGUGAGUUGAGGUGUGUUUAGUGUCAUGAUGAUGCUGCCUCUUGUUGUGAUGAGCUUGGUGUGUGUACUACUGGGCUCCGGAUGGGCCCAGGCCCAGGACCAGGCUGUGGGGCAGGAUGGCGCUGCCACCCCCUGGAGACAAAUGAUCCAGUGGGAGAACAACGGCCGGAGGUUCAGUCUCCUCAACAGUGGAGCUGAGUACGUCCCUGCCGGAGCACAGGACCAGGAGAGAAGUCACAGAGUGGUGGUGGCUGACUCUCGCCCCCGAACCCCCCGCAGACCACAAGGUGGGAAUGUACACAGGCAGGCCCCCUCCAGGGGAGGCUCGGAGACCGUGAGAGGACAGGCCAGACAUCCAUUUGGCUUCGGACAGGUGCCCGACAACUGGCGCCAGGGCUCCGUGGGGACAGGCUCCACCAACCCCCGCUUCAGGCCAUCCACUGGGUCCUCUUCAUCGUCCUCAUCAUCCUUCUCAUCUUCCUACAACGUCCCUGUCCAACCCUACCCGCAAUACCCCUUCCCUCAGCAGCCCUACCCCCUGCCCUAUGAUCCCAGUGUGGUGGAGGGAGCAGGUCGGGGCUACGCGGAGCCACCCUUCCAGAGGGCCACAGGUGGAGGCUAUGGUGCUGGUGGUGGAGGAUACGGUGCUGGUGGUGGAGGAUUCGGUGCUGGUGGUGGAGGAUAUGUUGGUGUCGGUGGAGGAUACACUGGAGUCGGGUAUGGAACGGGUGCUGGUCUGGCCCCUGUGGUUCCACGCUCCCCACAGGACUAUGGUGAGGAUGGCUACCGUUACUACCAGUCCUAUAGCUACGGGCCCAACCCUGCCGUACCUGCCAUGCCUGCUGUGCCAGCACGGGCUGCCCAGCCACCCUUCUCAGAUGGCCUGGACCGCAGAUACACACACAGCCUCUACAAUGGAGGAGAAGAUCCUGCUGCCGCUGCCGACACAGUGCCCGCUGCCCCAGACAGGACAGUGGCUGGCGCUCAGCCUCCAGUACGAAGUCCCCAAUACGAGCAGUUCCCCCCGUUCGGUAGGCCCCAGGUGCAGCCACAGCCUCCUUUCCUUCCGCCUGUGGUGCCAGGAAGAAACCCCAACACGGCCGUGGAGAACCCCAGCGUCAACGUCGGGAGUGUCUACCGGCCGGAACAGAGAGGUUUGCCAGACCUGGUUCCUGAUCCCAACUAUGUGCAGGCCUCCACGUAUAUCCAGAGGGCUCACAUGUACUCUCUCCGCUGUGCUGCCGAGGAGAAAUGCUUGGCAAGCACUGCCUACAGCGCUGAGACUACAGACUAUGACGUCAGAGUCCUGCUUCGCUUCCCACAGAGGGUUAAGAACCAGGGGACAGCUGACUUCAUGCCCAACCGACCUCGACACACCUGGGAGUGGCACAGCUGCCAUCAACACUACCACAGCAUGGAUGAGUUCAGCCACUAUGACCUGCUGGAGGUCACCACAGGAAGAAAGGUGGCUGAGGGACACAAGGCCAGCUUCUGUCUGGAGGACACCACCUGUGACUUUGGUCACCUGAAGCGUUAUGCCUGCACAUCUCACACUCAGGGUCUGAGUCCGGGCUGCUACGAUACGUACAACGCUGAUAUUGAUUGCCAAUGGAUCGAUAUAACAGACAUCCAACCUGGGAACUACAUACUAAAGCUCCAGGUCAACCCCAAGUACCUUAUCUUGGAGUCUGACUUCACCAACAAUGUGGUGAGGUGCAAUAUCCACUACACGGGACGAUUCGUCACAACAACCAACUGCAAGAUAUCUCAGUCCUGAUCGGACGUGGGAAGGCUGCCCAGCCAGGGUGAGUCCUCCAGGACAGUGCUGUUCCAUUGAAAUGUGAAUGGAAUUCGUUUUGUUAUUGUUGUUGCUGUUGUUUUGUUUGUGCUGUUUUUGGUUUCCUGGACCCAGAGUGAACAAGGGUUCCAGUGGCACUGAAGAGAACAUGGGGAUAUUUACACAAGCACACAAACUGAAAACCCAAACCAAACUCAUCACUCCAGUCUCCCACCGUCUCCAUUGUUGUUACAGUGCCUUGCGAAAGUAUUCGGCCCCCUUGAACUUUGCGACCUUUUGCCACAUUUCAGGCUUCAAACAU